AUGAGUCCGACGUGGCAGCCGCAGCCCGCGCUGCUCAGCGAAGUCGUCGCGCUCUUGCAGGCCCAUGGCGUCCCCAACAACCAGGUCCAGCUGGACUCGUACCAGCGACUGCAGCAGCUGGAGCAGAACCUCGAGUUUAAUCUCUACCUCGUGCACUUGCUCUGUGCAGCUGAAGUAGACGUGACGGUGCGGGAGCUGGCCGGGUUGUUACUUAAGCGCAACAUUAAAGCCCGCGACACCACCGCUGCACUAAGUGGCCCCGAGUCAGAAAUGCUGGCUGUGAUUCGGGCCCAGACGCUCCGAGUUUUGGCCAAUCCGCUGCCGCCGAUCCGCAAAACCGCGGGUAUUCUUGUGACGACAUUUGUGUCCCACUGUACGUUUUUAGAUGAAUGGCCGGAGCUCAUGCCUGCCCUGUCGUUGUUCUUGGAGCAACAAUCGGACGACAAUGCCAUCGCCGGGGCAUUGAGUGCCUUAGUGAAAAUUUGUGAAGACUCGGCCGCGAAACUCGAACAUUCACCAAGUCGACCACUGAAUACGCUCGUGCCGCAAUUAUUGCACUAUUUCCACCACCCUAAUGCAACAUUUCGUCGCGACGCGCUCGCGUGUUUGAACCAUGUGCUGAUUUUCAUGCCCGUGGGACUCGUGGUUCAUAUGGAGACAUUUCUUGCGGGCAUUUCGCUCUUGACACAGGACGUGUCGAGUGACGUACGGAAACUCGUUUGCAAGAGUAUUGUCAUCUUGCUGGAAGUGGGCGUGCAGUACCUCGUGCCGCAUUUGGACAGCAUCAUCCAGUUUAUUCUACGGGCUAAUCAGGACACGGAUGAGACAGUGGCCAUUGAAGCGUGUGAAUUCUGGGCGUCGUUUUGUGACUUGCGGGAGUUUGAGGAUCUCAAAUUGAGGCUGCAGCCGUACUUGACGCAGGUUGUCCCGCUCCUGUUUCGCUGUAUGGUGUACAGUGAAGAAGACUUGGCAACCUUUGAGGCGGAAGAGCAGAGUCAGGAUGAAAACGUGCCGGAUCGACCGGAAGAUAUUAAGCCGGUGUUUCACCGCAAAGCUGGGAGUAGCUACGUGAGUGGUGGCAGUUUGAAUGAGGAUGACAAGCAGGUGGGAGACGAGGACAGUGAUGACGACGACGAUGAUGAUGAUGAUGAUGGUGAUGAUACGAUACUGAAUUGGAAUCUUCGUCGCUGCUCGGCUGCUGGUCUGGAUAGCCUUGCUAAUGGCUAUGGAAAUGACAUUCUCUCCACGCUUCUGCCGUUGUUGCAAGAACGUCUCGCACAAGAACAGCCGUGGCCGCUGGUGGAAAGUGGUAUUCUGGCCCUUGGUGCAAUUGCGGACGGUUGCUACAAUGGAAUCACGCCUCACCUUCCCCAGUUGUACCCGUUCCUGCUGCAGAAAUUGGACGACCCUGCACCACUCAUCCGUAGCAUUACUUGCUGGACAUUGAGCCGUUAUGCUUCGUGGGUCGUGGAACAGAGCAACCAUGAGGCGCUGUUGAAACCGCUGGUCGAGGGUAUGCUAAAGCGCAUUUUGGAUCCGCAUAAGAAGGUACAAGAAGCAGCAUGCUCUGCGUUCUGCACGCUUGAGGAAGAAGCGCGCGAGGAGCUGGUGCCGUACCUGACGCCAAUCUUGCAGAACCUCAUGUUUGCAUUCGGCAAGUACCAGGCAAGGAACCUGCUUAUUUUGUACGAUGCCAUCGGGACGCUGGCAGACUCGAUUGGCGAGCACUUGAAUCACCCGGAGCUGAUCACGAUUCUGAUGCCCCCGCUUAUCGCCAAGUGGAAUGCCUUGGAUGACCGCAGCCGUGAGACCCUUCCGCUGUUUGAGUGCCUCGCGCCUGUGGCACAGGCUCUCGGUAACGGCUUCCAAGAGUUUGCAAUGAACGUGUACGUGCGUUGCCAGCGCAUUGUCGAGAACGAGCUGCUGGCUGACGCCAUGUCGGAGCAGAGCCCCGACGAGUUCGACGAGGGCGACUCGGAGCUCAUCGUGUGUGCUCUGGACUUGAUUUCCGGCAUGAUUGAGGGUCUGCAGCACAGUAGUGAGGCAUUGUUGAACGGCUCAAACAUUCUGAAUGUGCUCAUGAGUUGUGUUCGCCACGAAGUGCUGGAUGUACGUCAGAGCGCCAUGGGCAUCGUGGGUGACCUGGCGAAGUAUGCGUCGAACAUUCUGCGGCCCGGUCUAGGUGGCCUGCUACCAGUGUUGAUCGAGAACCUGAAUCCAGACUUGCAAACUGUGUGCAACAAUGCGAGCUGGUCGGUGGGUGAGAUUGCCAUUCGCAUUGGCGCUGAGAUGGAGCCGUACGUGGAGAGUUGUUUGAGUCGCUUGAUCGACAUGAUUAAUCGCCCCAAGUUGCCACGCAACUUGGUGGAGAAUUGUGCCAUCACGAUCGGCCGACUCGGAUACGUGUGUCCGAACGUGGUGGCGCCGCACUUGCAGGAAUUCGCGAUGCGUUGGUGCCGUGCCCUUGCGCACGUCCGGGCUCCGGAAGAGAAGGAGCACUGUUUCUUGGGGCUGUGCUACAUGGUGAAGGCGAAUCCGAACGGCAUUGUCGCCGACUUUAUGUUCAUGUGCGGUGCCAUUGCUUCGCUUGAGGGUCAGCGAAUUCAGCACGUGGAGCUCAAGGACAUGCUGUAUCAGAUCGUGCACGGCUUCAAGACAAGUCUAGGUGACAAUUGGGCCCCGUACUUUGCGAGCUUUCCCGAGCCUCUGCGGCAGUUUCUCUCCAUGCGCUUCAACCUGUAG